UUAGUGUUCGUUUCAGUCGCCGACUAAAACUGGACGAACGUGUUGUGUAAUUUUGCAAAAUAGUUCUUAAUUUUUUUCCAAACUAAAUUUUAUAAUGGAUAAUUCUGUGAAAAUUGAUCCUGGUAAUACAGCACCAAUGCCUCAACGCCAACCAAUACGUGGCAACAAUCAGCAAAAUAAGAAUAUGGGCGGCAAACAAAAGCAGCUUGAUGACGGCGGCGGCCCCGCAGAAAAGAGACAACGCUUCGGCGGCGGCGGUGGUCCCAACAUUCAAAAUCAAAAUGGCGGGGGUGGCCAGAAUCCAAAUAAGAAUUUUGGUGGCAACAAGGGUGGAUUUGGUGGCGGCAAUCGCAACCGCAACCGUGGCGGCAACAAUCCAAAUAGGUCCAAUUUCCAAAAUCAGAACAAUCUAAACCAAAAGUCCAAUGCAGAGGCACCCAAGCCGGACGGAGGAAACGUUAAUGACAAAUCUAAUGAAGCUUCAAGCGGCGGCAACAAUGCCAAUCAAUCCAAUCCAAAUGCAGCUGGCCAAGCUCAGGCUCAAGUUCAAAACCAGGGACAAGCUCAUGCUCAUGCCCAGGCUCAGCAACAGCAGCAGCAGCAACAACAGCAGCACCAGCACCAGAAUCAAGGGUUUAGGCCACGCGGUGGCAAUGGAGGCGGUGGUCAGCAUGGUGGAGGAGGUGGUGGAGGUAACAAUGGAGGAGGAGGAGGAGGUGGCGGCGGCGGUGGAGGAGGCGGACGCGAUCGGAAUCGCGGAUCACGCGGUGGUCAGCAUGGCGGUGGAGGAGGCGGUGGCGGCGGAGGACAAAACUCUGGCGGCGGCGGCGGUGGUGGAGGCGGCGGCGGUGGCGGCAACAAUUCGCUGCGUGGCGAUGAUUUCUUUAUUGCGCAACGUUUGCGCAGCAUCAGUGGGCCAACCCAUGAGCUGCCACCUAUUGAGGUAGCCCAAGAAACGAAAUUCUCUGGUCGCAAUCGCCUGUAUGUGGGCAAUCUGACAAAUGAUAUUACCGACGAUGAGUUGCGUGAAAUCUUUAAGCCGUACGGUGAAAUUGGCGAGAUAUUCUCCAAUUUGGAGAAGAACUUUACAUUCCUCAAAGUCGAUUAUCAUGUGAAUGCCGAAAAGGCCAAGCGUGCUCUAGACGGUUCGUUGCGCAAGGGUCGCCAAUUGCGCGUCCGAUUCGCACCCAAUGCAACCAUAUUGCGUGUCAGUAAUUUGACGCCAUUUGUCUCCAACGAAUUGCUUUACAAGGCAUUCGAAGUGUUUGGACCCAUUGAGCGGGCAAGCAUUACGGUUGAUGAUCGUGGCAAGCAUUUGGGCGAGGGAACGGUUGAGUUUGCCACAAAAUCAUCGGCUAGCGCCUGUUUGCGUUUGUGCAAUGAGAAAUGCUUCUUUUUGACAUCGUCGUUGCGUCCAUGCCUCGUCGAACCGAUGGAUGUGAACGAUGACAAUGAUGGAUUGCCAGAGAAGGCGUUGAACAAGAAGGGUCCCGAUUUCAAUCAGGAGCGCAGCGUUGGUCCACGCUUCGCCGAUAUCAAUUCGUUUGAGCAUGAGUACGGCUCGCGAUGGAAGCAAUUGCAUGAUCUAUACAAGAGCAAGCAAGAUGCUCUCAAGCGUGAGCUCAAAAUGGAAGAAGAGAAGCUAGAAGCUCAAAUGGAGUACGCUCGCUAUGAGCAAGAAACAGAGCUAUUGCGUCAAGAGUUAAGAAAACGCGAAUCCGAUAAUGAGCGCAAGAAAUUGGAAUGGGAACUUCGCGAAAAGCAGGCGGAGGAGAUGCGCAAACGCGAGGAGGAAACGAUGCGUCGCCAUCAGACCGAAAUGCAGAGUCGGAUGGUCCGCCAGGAGGAGGAUAUGCGCCGUCGCCAGCAGGAGAACACGUUGUUCAUGCAGGCUCAGCAGUUGAACUCGCUGCUCGAUCAACAGGAAGUCUUUGGCGGCGGUAAUAAUGGCGGUGGCGGCGGCGGUGGCAACGGAGGCGGCGGCAACUUUGACAACUUUGGCGGCAGUAACUCGCCAUUCGAGGUUUUCCGAGGAAAUAAUAAUAACAACAACAACAUGGGAGGCAACAAUUCCGGUCCAGGUCCCAACAACCAGCAGCAGGAUGGCUUCGCAUCUUUUGAAUUUGGGGUUAACAAUAUGAACCAAGGCGGCAAUCAACGUGGAAAUAACGGCGGCAAUAAUGUUCCAUGGGGACGACGUCGUUUUUAGACAUGCUCCCGAUAUCAAUCAAAUGGACCACACAUAAACCCAAAAAAAAAAAAAGAACAA